ACCCCUGCAGAGUUUUGUGCACAUGCUGGUAGCAUUUAGGAUCUGCAGCUCAGAUGAGAGCUGUGAUAGUGGGAUUAACUCAGUGGGACACUUUUUAUUUUUUCCCCCCACACACACACACACCUGCUUUUGUAGAGAAUUUGAUGAGCCACCUUGAGAAUGGUAUUCACUUUUUUAUGGCUGUAAAAUGCACAGCUGACUGGGAUGGCUCAGACUGAGCUCCUGUUUGUGAAAUAAACAAGGAGUGGCUCUUUGGUUGUUUCUCAACUUUUGGAGUGGAAGAGCUACAAUGGACCUGACCUUGUGGCAGUAUCAGUUCAGGAUCAUCAUGCUGGGGGACUCGACUGUAGGCAAAUCCUCCCUGCUGAAGCGCUACACUGAGGACCUGUUCUUGGGGUCCAUCAAUGAGACAGUGGGUGUAGAUUUCUAUGUUCACUUCCUGGAGGUGGAGCCGGGGGUCCGUGUCAAGCUGCAGUUCUGGGACACAGCUGGGCAGGAGAGAUUCAGAUCAGUGACACGGUCUUACUAUCGAAACUCAGUUGGGGGUCUGCUGGUGUUCGACAUCACCAAUCGAGCCUCCUUCGACCACAUAAAAGAGUGGCACUCGGAGGUGUGCGAGCACGUACAACCACACAGGGUCCUGUUCAUCCUGGUGGGUCAGAAGAUCGACCGAGACGAAAACAAGGAGAGGGCGGUGAGCCGAGAGGAGGCUGAGAAACUGGCCGGGCAGAUGGGCGUGCCCUACGUGGAGGCCUCUGCAAAGACUGGACACAACGUGAGGGAGGCCUUCGAGCUCCUCACUCGACGGGUCUACCAGGGUAUUCUGAGCGGAGAGGUGGAGCUGCAGGAAGGCUGGGACGGUGUCAAGUGUGCCGCCCCACAGGCGCUUCGCUUACAGAGAUCCAGUUUGUCUCAAACCAGCACAGCCCCCAAGAACGACAGAAAGUGCUGUGGGUAAAUGAUUCACUUGAGGCGGAGGACUACACCUGCCCACCUGGAUGUGGGAUUUAUAGUAGCAGAUUACACACAAAUCCAGGAAGUAGAUUUAUGUGUUAUUUGUGACCACCAUAAAGUAUAUUUACAUUGAAUGUUUUCAACUUUGUCACACAUAUAUGCUCUUAAGAGACAUACCAUGCUUUUAAGUCCUUUUUCACAUUUAAAUCAUUCAAUCUGGGUCUAUAUAAAGUGGAACUGCAAUGCUUCUGUCUAAAUUCCUCCUUAUUGUAACUCCACAAGCCCCUCUUUCAUCACUUUUCAACUCAUUUUGAGGCUGUCUUCUUUAAAACCGAACAAUGUGCUUUACACCCCGCCUCCCUCUAGCUUCCAGAGCAGUUUAUUCUAAUUUGAUAGAGAUUAUGACUAUAUAGCAACACAGAAAAAAAUAAUUGUUUACAAAUUAAUUACAAACCGUCAACAGUGAAAGAAUUGUUCAUCCAGCCUUACGUGUUGGAGCUAGAGUCUGACCCAGAGCCAGAGGAGAAUGAAGAUGACCAAACUGUAGUUGGUAAAGCCAGACCUUGUUUGGAAGUUGCAAAUAAUUUGACAUAAUUCAGAAAACAGAGAGAACUGAACAGGUUGAAAAAAAUGACCUAAAAAGAAAAGACAUCAAUGCAGCACCAGCAGAGACUACAUUCAUCUGUCUGCCCUCCUAGAGACUCCAAGUAGCCUACACAACUAAAUACAUUUAAUAGCUAAAAAAGUGGAUUUUGCAUAUGUCCCGUUUAAAAGGUUGUGUAAUAACAGAAAUGAAAUCCAAACAAGUUCAGUUUGGCAACAUUUAUAAAAACCAACAUUUUCAGUUUUAAUAAAAUGUUUUUUUCUACACAAACUCAUGUUCAGCGUACUUCAAAGGCUCCAUGUUUAAUUUAACAAAAGCUUAAAACUAAAUCCUAUCAUGUAGAUUUUACAAAAACCCAUUAUUUAUUCAACCAAACCCUUACAAACAUGACUUUUAGCAUGAGAAUUUUAUUUAUAGUGUGCUCUACAAAAUUAAAGCUUUGCAAUUAGCAAAGGCUAGGUUUUUUUUAAAUUAUCUGUAAGGAUUCUUAUUUGUAUUCUGCAUGGCAUAMAGCCGAUCACAUUAAUCGACUGAUGGGAUCAAUGGAUACUUGAAAUCAGAGGUAGAAGGAAAAGUAACGUGUAACUCCUCUCGUCAGUGAUCUUAAUCAGUCUGAUAGGUGCUAAAAGCCACUGAAAAUGUACCAUGUCACACUUACAUUUAAUCUAACAUUAUGGUGUGAUCUCACAUUGUGUAUUUAUUUUGAACCUCAAGAUCUGUACGGGCAAAGUGGUUUCUAAAACUGAAGGGAGCUAAAGAAAAUAACUUAGUGGUUUGAAGAUGUAUAAAUUGAGCUAUUAAGAGAAAAAGUGAUAUUUAUAGAAAGAAAGCAGAUUUAUUGGGUGCAUGACCAUACCAGUUAACUUAUAACUAAAGCUAUAAAAAUGUAGUAGAAGUCAUUACACUAGGUUAAAUAUUAAUUCUUUUCCCUGUUUUGCUCUGUUUGUAAACAGCAGCAGUAAAGGUACUAAAGGUGAUUAAAAGCCUCCCCUUUAUGUGAACUAAUCUUGUUUCUUUGCAACAGUAAAUAAAAGGCUUUGUUACAAUAA